AUGCCGAUACCCCAAGAAGCCAUCGACAACGUCCUCAAUCAAAUCGCGCCUUACAUUGACCGCUAUAUCCAAUGCCAAAAGUCCUCUUCUUCCAAAAGACCUUUUGUCUUGGCCCUCACCGGUCUUCAAGGCAGCGGAAAGUCCACAUGGACCGACGCCCUUGUCAAAGCACUCAAAGCCCAAAAUCAUACCACAAUCAACCUCUCACUGGAUGAUCUAUACCUUAAUCAUGAUGAGUUGGUUAGGAUUCGCACAUCCAAUCCAACCAACAAGCUCGUCCAAGCACGAGGUCAGCCCGGGACCCACGACAUGGCUCUUGCGCGCUCAUUCUUUGAUAGUUUGAACAGUGGCCGUGACAUACUCAUUCCUUCUUUCGACAAGAGCAAGUUCAACGGAGAAGGUGGAAGGGCACCUAUCGAUAUGUGGGAGCGUAUUCCAUCGAGCACUCAAGUGGACGUCGUGGUCUUCGAAGGAUGGUGUGUUGGAUUUCAGCCCUUGGAAGAAUUCGAUCUUCAAAAGAAGUGGGAGAGUGCAGCGCAGAAUGUGUGCACCGGAGAUUAUCCGACAGAGACGUUGAGAGACCAUUCUCUUGAGCACUUGUUGGAGGCGAACACAAACCUGCGGAGUUAUUGUGAUCUUUUCAUGGGACCGCAGCAUUUUGACUUCAUCGUUCAUUUGGAUACAACCGAUCUAGCCAAUGUGUAUCAAUGGAGGAUUCAGCAGGAGCACGCUCUUCGCCAGCGAACAAAUGAAAGUAUGACGGAUGAAGAGGUGAUUCGGUUCGUGAAAGGAUAUAUGCCAGCCUAUGAGCUAUACCUCGAUCAGUUGAGACAAGGAUUCUUUGAUUCAUCAGCUGGAGAUGGAAAAGGCCAUCUGCGAGUGGUCUUGGAUCAGGACAGAAAGGUAAUCGAUACCGUGUUGUAUGCUUAG